CGAACCAAAAUUUUAGUUUUACAGGUUCACUUACUCCUGAGCAGCACAUGCAUAAGUGACUAAUCAUUAAACAAUCCUACUCAGCACACGCUCAAUUUCUUGAUUUCGAAUAUACACAAGUCCACAAACACCGAAUCCACAUGGAUCCGCAGCCAGAACAGAGAUGGGAAUGUGCAACGUGCUCAAAAACGUUUAAAACCAAAAGCUACUUGACAGCACACAUGGUCACGCACGAUCCCGAUGCCAAAGUCACGUGCGAGGAAUGCGGAAAAACAUUCAAAAACAGACGUGUCUUAUCCAACCACAAGUGGUACAUUCACACCAAUCGGAACCGACCAAGGUGUGACACUUGUCACCGGGUGUUUGCUACCCCUUCAAUUUUACAGCGACAUAUCGACAUCACCCACCUCACUGAGGAAGGACCCCCUUUUCCAUGUAAGUUUCGCGACUGUGAGGAAACCUACCUACACGAGGACGAUCUUUUGGACCACGUGAAAACCGAACAUGUAAAAAAUCCGGUCCGAUUUCCGUGCGAACUUUGCAGAAAGAAGUUCAAAACGAGGGUUCAACUUGAAGCUCACAUUCCCACCCACACCAGGACGAAGAAAAAGGAGUACAAGUGUGCCACGUGUUGGAGGAGUUUUGCCCGCAGGGAAAAUAUGAAAAGUCACGAGGUGACACAUUUGGCACAAUAUGCCCGAGCCGUGUGCCAGUGUCGCAUCUGUCCGCAGACCUUCUCGAAUAGGAGUGCUCUAAAACGCCACGUCCGAGCUGUGCACGAAAAUCAGAGGAAGUUCCUGUGCACCUUUUGUGGCAAGAGAUUCGCCCGUUCAGCAGACUGGAAGCGUCACGUGGGAGCGGUACACGCCACGAAUAAAGAGCCGAUUUUUGCCUGCCCCGGUUGCGAGUACAAGAGCCACUCGGAAGUCAAUUUGGCUCAGCAUAUGAGACGCCACAAUGAUCCGAGGCAUGAAUGUUACUUCUGUGGGAAGGAAUUCGUCACUUUCUGGGAAUUAGUGAAGCAUUUUCGAGUUCAUACUUUAGAGAGGAAGAUAUAAGUGUGUAUGUAAUGGGGAUACAAGUAAUUUUCGAAUUUUUAUCAAAUUUGUGACAUUUUUUGCAACACUUCUUUUGCAGAACAUGCAAUUUUAGUUUCAAAUUUAUUUACUAACUGGACAUACUUAUGUCUAUAGAAUACUUAUUUAACAAAUUGUGCUGUUAUAGGAAAUAUUUAAGUUUAUGUGUUUACGUUGUUGUGAGUACGUCCGCUUAUACGGGUAUCCAAAAUUGUGUAAAUAUUAUCUAAAUUAACUAAUUAUUUUAACUAAUAAACAGCCUGUCAGAUGAACAGUGCUUGAUGCAUUAAUGUUCAUGAAAAGGUAAAACAGGUCAAAGGUCA